AGGACUUUUACAAUGACUUAUAAAGACAAAACCCUUGAAGGCUUUGAAUCGCGAGAUAGUUUUAGGCAUUUGGGAGUAAGUUUAGCACCGUUUUCAGAAGAAAUAACGACCGAAGCGUCGAUAUCCCGAAAAACCAACAGGUGGGGCCGAAACAAAAAAAACUUUGACCGCCGAUAAUAAUUUCGUAGCUAAUUUUGUUGGAAUGAUGUUGGCUUCACAAGUAAAAGAUAAAGCUCCUACUAAACGAGAUCUUGAAAUUGAGGACGAUAACAUGUUGAAUUCCUUAAAAAACCAAGGACUAUUAGAAGGGGCUCUUAUAGCUGUGAAAUGGGACGUAUUAGAUAAGGAAGCAGGCUUAACAAGUGAAGUUUGGUUUAAAGGAAAAAUUAAAAAUUUCUUAGGCUUUGAGAUUCAUUUACUGAAUUCUAAAGUUUUUAAAGAAUUGUGUAAGCCUCUUGUACCAGAAAGGUUCGCCACAUUUUCUCUUGAUUACGAGGAGCUGGAUGAAUUUCCUGCCUGCACAAAAAAAAUCGGUUUUACCGAAAAUGGAAAGAUGUUUGAUCUAGAAGAAAAGGAGUAUCUAAGUUGGAUCUUUCAAAGUGAGCUUAACAACGUACAAACUUCUGAUCCCGAAGUUUCUAUUUCUGAUCUUAUAAAAGAGCAAGAAUUAUUAGAUGAAGAAUUUGGUUGUGUUCACGAUGAAGGCUUGUCAGCAUUUAAAAUGCUUCCACAUGAAAAACAAAUAUCACUAGCACUUGGUUACAGAGAGUUUGCAGACUAUGUAAAAGAUAAACUUCGUGAAAUACAAGCCAAGAAAGGCUCUGAACACGUUUUUACUGGAAAAGAGAUACAAGACUUGCUGGCAGAUUUGCUUGCCAAGAAAGAACAAGAUAUUUUUUAA